AUGUCUUCUCCAUCUCAACGUCGCUCCCAGUCUGGGACUCCCAGACGGAGCACCCGAUCCUCGCAAGCAGCGCAGAGCAGCCCCGCAAACGGCAAUGCAGCAAAUGGCAACACCCCUCGCAACACUCGUUCUUCACAAUUGGCCUCGAGCCCUCUCUUCUACCAAUCUUCGUCUCCUGCAAAUGGCAACGGCGAUGUAUCCUCCCCUCUGCGCCAGAAUACUGAAAGCCAGAGCCAAAAUACCCGCGCCAAUGGAAGCGCCGCCCCAAGCUCGCCUUUGCGGCACAUGACACAUUCACAAACCACUCGGGAAGAGAGUCAGAACGAUGGCGAUCGAACUCCGAGAGCCAGCGGAAACGGCCUGAUUGGCGACUCUUCACCGAUUAGAUACGAAGCCAGUUCAAGCCCUGGUCGAUCUCUGCACCCCCAAUCAGACCUACGAAGUGAAAGCAGCGCUCUCUUUGUCGGUUCCUCUGCGACUCCUAGGGCUCGGCGCAACCGCAGAGGUGAUAUCAACUCGGAAAUCUUCAGCGGAGGUGCGCGUAGUGGUAGUCGCGUCAUCUUGGAUGAUUCCGGUCGAGUCGUGCGGGAAAUACACUCAGAUGCUCAGACCUUCUCGAAUGUCGACCCCAACACCGAUGAGGCGAACAUGUUGGGUGGACAAGACAAUGCCACUAUCUGGGGUACCACCGUUUCGAUCGACGACACAUAUGCUGCCUUCAAGGACUUCCUGAAGAACUUUCAAAAGAAGUACCGAAUGUGGGCCGACGGAACGUCGCAGGCCGAGACAGAUGCCGAUCCGGAUGCAAAGUCCAAGCCUUACAUGGAGGCGCUGAACAACAUGUUGGUUCUUGGCACAAGAAUUCUAUACGUCAACAUUGAAGAUUUCAAGCUCUAUCCACCUACGAGGAAGAUGUGGCACCAAAUCCAGCAUUACCCUCAGGAAAUUGUACCACUUAUGGAUCAGUCAGUUCAUGACGUUAUGAUUGAGCUUGCCCAGGCCGAAAUGUCGCGGCAAAGAAGUCAGAGCAACGGAGCACCAGCUUCUCAGCCGAGCGGUGCGCCCAGCUCUGAUAUGCACUUUCCUAGCUCGGAGAGAAGCGAGGAGCCAACUUCAACGCCAAAGGCUCAGCAGGGCCCAAGCCUGGAGGAGAAGGUGAUGGACCAGACAUACAUGACACGUCCAUAUGGCUUGGAUGAGGUCACCAAUCUGAGAGACCUUAACCCUUCUGAUAUGGACAAGCUCAUCUGCGUCAAGGGUCUAGUCAUCCGAACCACGCCCGUUAUCCCAGAUAUGCGGCAGGCAUAUUUCAGAUGUAAUGUCUGUAACCACUCUCUCCUUGUUGGUCUGGAUCGUGGCAAGAUCAGAGAGCCGACUGCAUGCCCUCGCCCCCUUUGCGAUUCCAAGAACUCCAUGCAAAUAAUCCACAACCGUUGUGAGUUUGAGGACAAGCAAGUCAUCAAACUGCAAGAGACUCCUGAUGCUGUACCUGCUGGUCAGACCCCUCAUUCAGUAUCCGUCUGUGUAUACAAUGAGCUGGUGGACUUCUGUAAAGCUGGUGACCGUAUUCAACUUACUGGUAUCUACCGUGUCAGUUCGGUCCGAGUCAAUCCUCGUAUGAGAACGGUCAAGAGUGUCUUCAAGACAUUUGUAGAUGUCGUUCACGUUGCAAAGGUUGAUAGCAAGCGGUUGGGCGCCGAUGUUUCCACACUGGACGAUGAGGUCAACGACGAAGAGAACCAAAUUGAAGAGGCACGAAAAAUCACACCCGAGGAAGAGGAGAAGAUCAAGGAGACAGCAGCUCGACGAGACAUCUACGAACUCCUUUCACGGUCGCUUGCUCCUUCAAUCUUUGAGAUGGAAGACGUAAAGAAGGGAAUUCUACUCCAAAUGUUUGGAGGUACAAACAAGACAUUCCAAAAGGGCGGCAGUCCAAAGUAUCGCGGUGAUAUAAACGUGCUACUCUGCGGUGACCCGUCGACAUCAAAGUCGCAGCUGCUUAAAUAUGUUCACAAGAUCGCUCCACGUGGCGUCUAUACAAGUGGAAAGGGUUCUUCAGCGACUGGUCUCACGGCUUAUGUUUCUCGGGACCCUGAGACACGACAGCUGGUCCUCGAAUCUGGUGCUCUGGUUCUAUCCGAUGGCGGUGUAUGCUGUAUCGACGAGUUCGACAAGAUGUCUGAUGCUACCCGGUCAGUCCUGCACGAGGUCAUGGAACAGCAAACAGUCUCAGUGGCAAAGGCCGGUAUCAUUACGACACUCAAUGCCAGAACCAGUAUUCUCGCUUCGGCCAACCCAAUUGGCUCUCGCUACAACCCAGAUCUCCCAGUCCCCCAGAACAUUGAUCUGCCACCAACGCUGCUAUCUCGUUUCGAUCUUGUUUAUCUAAUCCUUGAUCGCCAAGACGACAACACCGACAAAAAGCUAGCAAGACAUUUGCUCUCCAUGUAUCUUGAGGACAAGCCUGAAAGCGCUGCCACCACUGAGGAGAUUCUGGAUGUCGAGUUCCUGACAGCGUACAUCUCGUAUGCCCGCGAGGCCUGCCACCCCACCAUCUCCCAGGAGGCGGCUCAAGCUUUGGUCGACAACUACGUCAAGAUGCGCAAGAUGGGACAAGAUGUUAGAGCUGCCGAGAAGCGCAUCACAGCUACGACCCGUCAGCUGGAGUCGAUGAUCCGUCUUGCCGAAGCACACGCAAAGAUGCGUCUCUCACAGACAGUCACAAGAGGCGACGUGGAAGAAGCCAACCGACUGAUUCAAUCCGCCUUGAAGACAUCAGCAACAGAUUCCCAAGGACGAAUCGACAUGAGCCUGCUAAACGAGGGUGUGAGCUCUGCAGACCGCAAGCGCAAGGAGGAGCUGAAGACAGCGGUGAUCAGCCUGCUUGACGAAAUGACCAGCGGUGGACAGAAUGCACGUUGGAGCGAGAUUAGCAGACGCCUUGCCGAAGGCGCUAGUGUUGCUGUUGAGCCUGCCGAUUUUGCUGAGGUUAUGCGUGCCCUGGAGAUGGAGGGACUCAUCAUGGUCAGCGGCGAAGGUGCCAGGAGAAGCGUCAGGAGAGUGACUGGUCUUGCUUAA